AGGAGGCCAUGCUCCAAACAAAACCUUGCCCGGGCUGCAGCUCAGAUACCCUGAAGUGUGUCCAGCCUAUGCAGCGUGCAGUGGCGCACGACCAUCUCUAGCCUCCAGCGGGUACCCCCUUCCCAGGCAGGUUCUGAACACACACCCCCACCCCAACCUCCAGCCCACGCGUGCAGCUGGGAGCACACGUGGUGACCUGCCUGGGGCCGGCUCCCCAGCUCCGGCUCCUCCUCCCUCCAGCUCUCGCUCGGCUUUCUGCAGUAUCACGUGUAGCCGCGCCGGGUGCAGGAUGGCGGCGGCGGCCGCGGCGGCAGCAGCGGUGGGUGUCAGGCUCCGGGAUUGCUGCAGCCGGGGCGCCGUACUUCUGCUCUUCUUUUCGCUGUCCCCUCGGCCCCCGGCCGCUGCUGCCUGGCUGCUGGGUCUGCGGCCUGAAGACACUGCUGGAGGCCGCGUGUCGCUGGAGGGGGGCACCCUGCGUGCGGCCGAAGGCACCAGCUUCCUCCUGCGCGUCUAUUUCCAGCCGGGGCCCGCGGCCCCCGCCACGCCAGUGCCCGCGCCCACUGUGUCCCCGGGGGAGAACAGCACUGGCGACUGGGCCCCGCGGCUCGUGUUCAUCGAGGAGCCCCCGGGCGGGAGCGGAGCGGCGCCCAGCGCGGUCCCCACGCGCCCCCCGGGCCCGCAGCGCUGCCGGGAACAGAGCGACUGGGCAUCGGACGUGGAGGUCCUGGGGCCCCUGCGGCCCGGGGGCGUGGCAGGCUCGGCCCUGGUCCAGGUGCGGGUGCGAGAGCUGCGCAAGGGCGAGGCGGAGCGCAGCCGCGCGGGCGGUGGCGGGAAGCUCUUCUCGCUGUGCGCCUGGGAUGGGCGCGCUUGGCACCACCACGGCGCUGCCGGUGGCUUCCUGCUGCGCGUCCGCCCGCGGCCCUACGGCCCGGGUGGGGACCUGCUGCCGCCCGCGUGGCUGCGGGCGCUCGGAGCGCUCCUGCUGCUGGCCCUGUCCGCCCUGUUCAGCGGCUUGCGCCUGAGCCUGCUGUCGCUGGACCCGGUGGAGUUACGGGUGCUGCGGAACAGUGGCUCGGCCGCCGAGCAGGAGCAGGCACGCCGCGUGCAGGCCGUGCGCGGCAGGGGGACCCAUCUGCUCUGCACCCUGCUCCUGGGCCAAGCCGGAGCCAAUGCCGCCCUGGCCGGCUGGCUGUACGCCUCUCUGCCGCCCGGCGUCGGGGGCACCGGGGAGGACUACAGCGAGGCGGGCAUCCACUUCCCGUGGCUGCCAGCGCUCGUGUGCACAGGUGCCGUGUUCCUGGGAGCCGAGAUCUGCCCCUACUCGGUGUGUUCGCGACACGGGCUGGCCAUCGCCUCCCACAGCGUGUGUCUGACGCGGCUCUUGAUGGCGGCCGCCUUCCCCGUGUGCUACCCACUGGGCCGCCUUUUGGACUGGGCACUGCGCCAGGAGAUCAGCACCUUCUACACACGGGAGAAACUGCUGGAGACGCUGCGGGCUGCGGACCCUUACAGCGACCUGGUGAAGGAGGAGCUCAACAUCAUCCAGGGCGCCCUGGAGCUGCGCACCAAGGUGGUGGAGGAGGUGCUGACCCCUCUUGGGGACUGCUUCAUGCUGCGUUCGGACGCGGUGCUCGACUUCGCCACUGUAUCCGAGAUCCUUCGCAGUGGCUACACUCGCAUCCCAGUGUACGAGGGCGACCAGCGGCACAAUAUUGUGGACAUUCUGUUUGUCAAGGACUUGGCCUUCGUAGACCCUGACGACUGCACCCCACUCCUCACUGUCACCCGCUUCUACAACCGGCCCCUGCACUGCGUCUUCAAUGAUACUCGGCUGGACACGGUGCUGGAGGAGUUUAAAAAGGGAAAAUCUCACCUGGCUAUUGUCCAGCGGGUGAAUAAUGAGGGAGAGGGGGACCCCUUCUAUGAGGUGAUGGGCAUUGUCACACUGGAGGACGUCAUAGAAGAGAUCAUCAAGUCAGAGAUCCUGGAUGAAACUGACCUCUACACUGACAAUCGGAAAAAGCAGAGGGUCCCACACCGGGAAAGGAAGCGGCAUGACUUCUCCCUGUUUAAGCUUUCUGACUCAGAGAUCAGAGUGAAGAUCUCACCACAGCUUCUGCUGGCCACACACCGUUUCAUGGCCACAGAAGUGGAGCCCUUUAAGUCUCUGUACCUCUCGGAGAAGAUCCUGCUCCGGCUCCUGAAACAUCCAAAUGUGAUCCAGGAGCUGAAGUUUGAUGAGAGGAACAAGAAGGCCCCCGAACAUUACCUGUACCAGCGCAACCGGCCUGUGGACUACUUUGUGCUGCUUUUACAGGGUAAAGUGGAGGUGGAGGUGGGUAAGGAAGGCCUUCGCUUCGAGAAUGGAGCCUUUACCUACUAUGGUGUCCCAGCCAUCAUGACCACUGCUUGUUCAGAUAAUGACGUGCGGAAGGUUGGAAGUCUGGCUGGAUCCUCUGUCUUUCUGCCCGUCUCUGUGUCUCGUACCUUCGCCUUCAGCAGAGGGGACUCUCUGGCAGGCUCCCCAGUGAACCGGUCCCCUUCUCGCUGCAGCGGGUUGAAUCGCUCUGAGUCUCCAAACCGAGAGCGCAGCGACUUUGGUGGGAGCAACACCCAGCUGUACAGCAGCAGCAACAACCUCUACACGCCCGACUACUCCGUCCACAUCCUCAGUGAUGUGCAGUUCGUGAAGAUUACACGACAGCAAUACCAGAAUGCGCUCACCGCCUGCCACAUGGACAGCUCGCCCCAGUCCCCAGACAUGGAGGCCUUCACUGAUGGAGACUCCACUAAGGCACCCACAACCCGGGGCACACCCCAAACUCCCAAAGACCCUGCCCUCACACUUCUGAGCAACAGGACCAGCCUGCCAUGUAGCCGCUCAGAUGGGCUGAGAAGCCCAGGAGAGGUGGUAUACCUGAGGAUGGAGAAGAUGGCCUUCACCCAGGAAGAAAUGACCGACUUGGAGGAGCACAGGACACAGCUCUCGCUGUCCCCUGCAACUGUUCCCACAACAGCAGCAUCAGGUAAUGAAUGCUGUAAUAUCAACCUGGAUCCAGAGACCAGCCCAUGUAGUAGUGACUUUGAGGAAACCAUGGGCAAGAAGCUGCUGAGGACCUUGAGUGGUAGAAAAAGGAAGAGGUCAGCAGAUGGAGAGAGGACCUCUGGGGAAAACUCCAAUUUAACACCCCUGAUCACAUGACCAGCCGAAGACCGCUGGGUGUGUGAGAGUCCAGAGCUUGGGGGAGGACCUGCCCUUCCAUCAUCUGCUUCCCCCCAAAGCCUCCCACAGGUGACAGAGCAUUCUGCCUUCCUCUCCACCUCUUCACCCUUAGCCGUCAGUUUGGCAAACUUUCCCUCAUUGCCUCCAGUUUGAGGUAGAGCCUUGCUGUGGCCAUGACAGAAGAAGGUGCCUGUAAUGGAAUGCUAGAAAUGGUCCUGUCCAUAGCACAGUCUGGGAUUGGAAGAGAGAUGACCCCAAGCUGACAAUACCACUCUGGGAUCCCUGAUGUUCAUCUUUGUUUUUUGGGGGCCCCUGUUCCAUAGGAGAACUCACCAUUCUUUCUUCCAAACAAAGUGAUACCUUUCUACCAUACAUCAUGCUUAGCUUAGCUCAGAAGGUGCCACUGGCAGACAUGGGAGGCUGGCAUAGCAGGUGUGAAGGUCAGUUCUGGGAAUGGACUGAGAAUUCCUUCAGAACUUUAGAGUGUGGGACUCACUCGUGAUGGCCUGUGAUUGAUGUCACAGCUCAGAAACUGUCUAUGACUGGUUUCCUGUUAGAUAAGGGCUUCAGCAGCCUGGGGAAGUGAGACUCAGCUGGAAUGGAAAGAAUGUGGGAUGGAGCCUUCAAGUCACUAUUUCUCCCAGGGACACAUCCUUUUGGCUCCCAAUCAGCAAUCAUUAACAGAUCAAUAAAUCUGCUCUGGAAGAGAAGUGGAGAACAGAGAGACUCAGUUGGGAGCCAGAGAUGGAACUUCAGGUUUAAGUGCAAAUCAAAGCAAGGAAAGAAAAAAAGGAAAAAAUUUACAUGGAAAAAUUCUAAACUGUUAAAGUGAAUUUAGCCAUGACAAACCAAAGAGUGCCCAAGUCAGGAAGAAUGCUCUCUCAAGGAACUUCAUUUCAGUGUGCAUUACAGGAAUGUUAAAGAAUCUCUCUUCACCCACCUCCCCUUUCCAUCCCCCACCCCCCAUCUCUUAUUACACACGCAGCAGGUUAGUUAACUGUACUAUUCAAAGAACCUUUUAAAUUUCUCCUGGCUAUUAGGGCAGGUGUGAUUCCAAGUAUAACCACAAGAUGGCAGAACUACUGCACAUGCCUACUUCUGAGUAUAAAAUCAUUCUGAUCCAUCACCACAGCCAGCCAAUGAGAAAAUUUAGAAGUAAACGAAGUUUGUCUUUGAGUUUCUGAUUUAUUUCCCAUGCCUUGAAUGCUUCCAGUAGUCAGUACCUAGUGAACAAGGCUGCCUGCUGAAACUCCAAGCCAUUUCU